AUGGGUCGUAAAAAGAUCAAGAUUCAACCCAUCCAAGAGGAGAGAAAUAAACAAGUCACCUUUCUGAAACGUAAGCAUGGGUUAAUGAAAAAGGCUUAUGAACUCAGUGUCUUAUGUAACUGUGAUAUCGCUUUGCUAAUAUUCAACCACAGUGGAAAAUUGGUACAGUACGCCAGCACUGAUAUCGAUCGAAUAUUGAUGAAAUAUACGGAGUACAAUGGACCAUAUGAAUGCAAAUCAAACUUGGAUUUCGCAAAUACUGAAGAAAAUGAACAUUGGGAAGAUGCAGACGAUAUGGUAGCAGAUGACAUGGAUAUAAAGAUGAAAAUGGAGGAGGAACAAAACAACAAUCCUUCAAAAUUGUUGACAGUUAGCUCCCCUGAGGUAGAGCCACCUACGCUUUCAUCUGAGCAACAGCCGGCAAAUGAAGUUAUCAACAAUGCAACAACACCUGUACAAGUAGGAAAUAUACAUGAAACAGAGCCGAAAGAGACUGAGGUCAGUGAUCUUUCAAUCACAGAAGCACCAAAAGCUCAAUCACCUCUACUUUCAAUACCAGCAUCUGCAAAUGCACUCCCCUCUGCAAUGAUGGUGUAUCAUGGCCAUUCCGCAUUUCCACCGCCAACACAGCAACAAAUUCCUUUACCUACUGCACGAUUUCCAAUGCAGUAUGCCCCUCCUUUGCACCCAUCUUAUCAGGGCUAUUACGAUAUGUACAGUCAUUCGCUGCCACCAGCUCCACCACCAGGUACAAUAUAUGCAAUGUCGCAACCUACGUUUACACAAAUGGUACCUGCACAUCCACCACCACCACUCAUGCCUUAUCCUACCUACAUAAGUUAUGCAGAUAAUAGCGCAAAGUUUUCAAUGCCGUACCAACCGCAGCAGCUGCAGCAGCCGCAACAACAGCCGCAACAACAGCAGCAACAACAGCAGCAACAACAGCAGCAACAACAGCAGCAACAACAGCAAUUGCAACCGCAACAACAACUCACUGAAGAGGAGAACAGUAGUGUUAGAAAGCCACCAAAAUUACGAGUACAAAUACCAACAGAAGCAACAUCAACACCAUUGAUGCAAACUUCGUUACCACAGCGUCGGCAGUAUCCUGCGCCCGUAGGGUUAUCCUCAGAUACACCAUCAACAACCAUGAUGAUUGUUGGCCCACCAUCAGCGUUACCAUCACAAUUUGCUCAUAAUUUACCUUCUCCAUCUACUUAUUAUCCGGAAUUUUAUCAGCCUGCUGAAUUGUUACCGAGCCCAUUGCAGUUCUCAGCAGCAGCAACACCGACAACCUUUUAUUGGCCUCCACCCUCAGCAGCACCGUUAACAGCAUCAAGCAAUACUAAUUCUACCACAAAUAAUAAUAAAAAUGCAGCACAUCAUUCAGGGAAAGUAAACGUUGGAGGAUAUAAUGAAUGUAAAUCGUCGCCUUUGGUUAAAAUUACUGAAGAAGAUAAUGCUUCUUGUUCAACCGCUACUACGACUAGAAAGCGUACACGCGAGAAUUCCAUCAGUUCAAGGGAUGGCCAUAAAAGUGAUAUGGCAACUAAAAGGCCAAAGUAA